CGGCGAGCCGGGUUGCUAAGGAAGUGAGCGGCCGCAGUCUCUCCCCAUCCGGGGCAGCGGGGAAUGGCUCAGCCCGGGACUCGCCGCCGCCCCCGCCGCCGCCGCCGCCGCCGCCCGCCGCCGGCCCCGGCCGCAGGACCGUAGCGUCCAGGCGCAGUUUGGACUCAGGACCCCGCAGACUGAUCCAGUUGGGGGUUCAUCAUGUCAAAACUAAAGAGCUCAGAGUCAGUCAGGGUGGUGGUUCGCUGUCGGCCCAUGAACGGCAAAGAAAAAGCUGCUUCCUAUGACAAGGUGGUGGAUGUGGACGUGAAGCUGGGACAGGUGUCUGUGAAGAACCCCCGAGGGGUGGCUCAUGAAAUGCCCAAGACCUUCACCUUUGACGCAGUCUAUGAUUGGAAUGCCAAGCAGUUUGAACUCUACGACGAGACAUUUCGGCCACUCGUGGACUCUGUCUUGCAGGGUUUCAAUGGGACGAUUUUCGCCUACGGACAAACUGGGACGGGGAAGACCUACACAAUGGAAGGAGUCCGGGGUGACCCUGAGAAAAGAGGAGUCAUCCCCAAUUCGUUUGACCACAUCUUCACCCAUAUCUCACGCUCCCAGAAUCAGCAGUACCUGGUUCGGGCUUCCUACUUAGAGAUCUACCAGGAGGAGAUCCGCGACCUGCUCUCCAAGGACCAGACCAAACGGCUCGAGCUCAAAGAGAGGCCCGACACUGGAGUCUAUGUCAAAGACUUGUCUUCCUUUGUCACCAAGAGUGUGAAGGAAAUCGAGCACGUGAUGAAUGUGGGGAACCAGAAUCGCUCCGUUGGCGCCACCAACAUGAAUGAGCACAGCUCACGGUCUCACGCCAUUUUUGUUAUCACCAUCGAGUGCAGUGAGGUCGGCCUCGACGGGGAAAAUCAUAUCCGCGUAGGGAAGUUGAACCUCGUAGAUCUCGCUGGCAGUGAACGGCAAGCCAAGACGGGCGCGCAAGGGGAGAGAUUAAAGGAAGCCACCAAAAUCAACCUGUCCCUUUCAGCUCUGGGCAAUGUCAUCUCGGCCCUGGUGGAUGGCAAAAGCACUCACAUUCCCUACCGGGACUCAAAGCUCACCCGGCUCCUCCAGGAUUCUCUCGGGGGCAAUGCCAAAACUGUGAUGGUGGCCAAUGUGGGGCCUGCCUCUUACAACGUCGAGGAGACUCUGACCACUUUGAGAUACGCCAACCGUGCCAAGAACAUUAAGAACAAGCCCCGGGUCAAUGAGGACCCGAAGGAUGCCCUCCUGCGGGAAUUCCAGGAAGAGAUUGCUCGGCUCAAGGCCCAGCUGGAAAAACGGUCCAUUGGCAGGAGGAAGAAACGAGAGAAGCGAAGGGAUGGCAGUGGCAGUGGUGGGGGUGGGGAGGAGGAGGAGGAAGAGGGUGAAGAGGGUGAGGAGGAUGGGGAUGAUAAGGAUGAUUACUGGAGGGAACAGCAAGAAAAACUGGAGAUUGAGAAGCGGGCCAUUGUGGAGGACCACAAGUUGGCUGCAGAAGAGAAGAUGCGGUUGCUGAAGGAGAAGGAGAAGAAGAUGGAGGACCUGCGGCGGGAGAAGGAUGCUGCUGAGAUGCUCGGCGCCAAGAUCAAGGCUAUGGAAAGUAAGCUGCUUGUUGGAGGAAAAAAUAUAGUAGAUCACACAAACGAGCAGCAGAAAAUCCUGGAACAGAAACGACAAGAGAUUGCGGAGCAGAAACGUCGAGAAAGAGAAAUCCAGCAACAAAUGGAAAGCCGAGAUGAGGAGACCUUAGAGCUUAAAGAGACAUACAGCUCAUUGCAGCAAGAGGUGGACAUCAAGACCAAAAAGCUCAAAAAGCUCUUCUCCAAGCUUCAGGCCGUGAAGGCGGAGAUCCACGACCUCCAAGAAGAGCACAUUAAGGAGCGGCAGGAGCUUGAGCAGACGCAGAAUGAGCUCACUCGGGAGUUGAAACUCAAGCAUCUUAUUAUAGAGAACUUUAUUCCUCUUGAAGAAAAAAGUAAGAUUAUGAAUCGAUCCUUUUUUGAUGAAGAGGAAGAUCAUUGGAAAUUACAUCCUAUCACCAGACUGGAGAACCAGCAGAUGAUGAAGCGGCCGGUCUCGGCCGUGGGAUACAAGCGGCCCCUGAGCCAGCACGCCAGGAUGUCCAUGAUGAUCCGCCCGGAAGCCCGCUACAGGGCCGAAAACAUUGUGUUGCUAGAGUUGGACAUGCCCAGCCGGACCACCAGAGAUUAUGAGGGCCCUGCCAUUGCCCCCAAGGUCCAGGCGGCUUUGGAUGCAGCCCUACAAGAUGAAGAUGAGAUACAGGUGGACGCCUCGUCCUUUGAAAGCACCACAAAUAAGAAGCCGAAGGCCAGGCCUAAGAGUGGAAGGAAGUCGGGAACAUCCUCUUCCUCAGGAACCCCUGCAUCUCAGCUUUAUCCACAAUCUCGGGGGCUGGUUCCAAAGUAAAGCCGGCUCCUCCUCUCCCAGGUGUAAACAGCAUUUGCCUUCGAGAGAGUCGAGGAGCGAAGACCUGCCGAGAGGACCGAGCCCCAACUCAGCACCGUUCCCCUGGAGAGGUGGUGCGGCCUCCGCAGACUGACCCACUGAAUCUGGCUGAAGGGUGCUGGCCCUCACCUGGCACCUGGCACUGGCUCCUCGGGGAAAUGCUCUUUACUUAGCGUCUCAGAUGUGCACGGGAGUGCUAGCCGCGACAGCCCGCUCGGAAAGCAAGAGAACGCCCCUGACCUUGCUGCCCUCAUCCUCACACCCCCCCACCCCCUCUCCUUCUCUGGACACUAGGCUCCCUCCUUGUUGAACGAAAGGGCAGAAUCAGGAGUCACUUUAGCAGAACCAAGUCUUCAGAGCCUCAAAUAAAAUGACAUUGAGGUGGAAGGCAAACGUCCUAGCAUUUGAAUGGGUGUCUGCUCUUGGAGGUCGAAGGGAGAGUCCUUGCUCAGAUCCCAGGCCGCAGAGGGCACGAUCAGUCACCUGGGUGCCUCAGGGAGCAGCGGCUCUGCCUCUGGGAGCUCUGCGAGGCAGUCUCUCCAAAGAAGACGCCCGCGUUGCUCCCCAAGGAGGCAGUGUCAGAAGCAAUAGAAUAACAUUCCCUUCACCUCCUUGGAACGUUCCGGGAACUAGCUUCUUUCAGUCCUCAACCAUGGCCACCCUCUUGUUAAGGACGCAAGUCUCUAAGCUGGUGCCAUGUCCACGCACCAAGUCCUCGAGACUUCAUUUGCCACCAUCCUGUCCCACACUCACCCGAGCAUCCCUGCCUCGCCCAUCCUCUGCCACAGAGUGUCCCCUGUUGGGGGGCUCUGCCUUCUCUGAGGGGACAGGAGUCAGGGCCACAGAGGUCCAGGUGCCCCGGGGAAGGUGGCGCUUGUUUCGUACUGGCCGAGUGUGAGGGUGCUGGGAGGCAGGGGCAGCCAGGGACGAGAGGCGCGGGGCAGUGGGACGGGAGGGCAGCCAGGUGGGAGCAGAGGCACCCUGCCUGCCCUCACAGGAAAGUCACCCCACCCCGACCUGCGCACCCGCCCCAGGGAGCAGCCUGUGACUGGACAGGCCCAGCAGGGAGUUAGGAAUUCCCGUUUACAUUUACUAGUUUGGUUGUAAGUUUUAGUUCUUUGUAUUACUGAAAUCGGAGCUUCGUACCGUGUUGCUCAUUAGGUGGACAACGUUACUCCCCCCACAAGAAGCUCCUCAGUCCUCCCUCUCUGGACGUGUCACCACAGGGUACCUGUGUUCCCUGAGUGUGUCCUUGUGUGUCUGUGAAAGAGAGACCAAGAACUUGCCCACUUUUAUGGUGACACUCACAUGCAGUUGUCACUUGGUCUGUGUGAAGGGCCCAUUGAAUGACUAAUCCAGGCAGGAAAUGCUCCCGUGUGUGCCGUCUGGGUCCCGGAGCCAAGCUUGAGGGGACAAGAUGCCUCCCCAGGUCUGCCUCCCCUCAUGCACCUUGCUGGCACGGUGCCCCAGGAGGCAGUAGCUGGGUCGGCCUUGAGUUACAGUUACAGCAGCUCCGCUGCUCCUUUCCCAGGGCACACGUGUGGGGCUCAGAACCCGUGGGAAGGUGGCGGUCACAAGUGCGAUGUCUUAGCAAUCUGUUCCCGAGCUCUGUCAUCUGGAUGCUUUGUCGUCGUCCUCUCAGCCUGGGGCCCCUUGCAGUGACUCUCAGAGCAUCACGAAGCUCAUCCCGUCUCUCCCAGGGUUUUUGCAGAGAACUGACCUAUUUGCAUAGGGACCAGACGAUGGGGGAGAGGCAGCCUCAGACAGCUCUCAACCUGUCACACCUCUCUCUCUUUCUCUCUCCCUCCCUCUCUCCCUCCCUUCCUCCCUCCCCCCUCUCUCUCUGUCUCUCUCUCUCUCGUACUCCGAAGCGAGUCUGAGUUCUGCAGGCUGACAGUAAUCAUCCAGCCGCUCUGUGCGCUGGGAGCGGUCGACACUGAUGUGUGGGGGGGGCAGUUCUCACCAAGAGUGGGUAAGUCACCAGAGAACUUUCCUAAGGAGGCAAAAGAAGGAAGCCAGGUUGUCAGGAAGGAUUUUGAAAACACAACCCAGUGGGACUGUGUGGUGAUCUGAGAACCGUGACAAGGAAUCCGGGGGUGGGGAGAGCUGUCUCUCCCCGACUCCCCCCAGUCUCUGGUGCUUUCCUUCUCUUUAAAAACGGAUCCGAUCGAUGCUUGGUGAAGAUAGUAGACGGUGCUGCUGCCACCGGCAAGCUGCUGCCGUGGGCUCUGAGCGUGUGGAGGAUGUACAGAGCCCACGAGGGAACCGGGCGUUUGUGUCUAGAGCGAUGCUAGAAUCUCCCAAGCCACCUGAGAACCUUUGGGCCAGCGACAGCUUGUGACGUCUGGAAGCAAGUCUAACAUCUAAGCUGGCAGUCCAGGAGGAGGGGUGUGACCGAGGCCUCCGCCAGUGGGCGCAUGUCCGGUCUCACGAGUUGGCCGCAGGUUCAGAGCCCAAGGCACGCACCCUAGGCCGGAAGCACUUUCUGCAGACUCGGACCCAUCCCGGCCUGUCCCCACUUGAAUGCCCGCAUGCUGCUUGACUGGCUCCGCUCACCUCCGUGGCCCAGAUGCCCCAGAGUCCCGUGUGACUCCUGGAAGUCGUCCCUCUCUGAAUGUAGAAUCGUUGCCAAGUUCCUGAGAAGCGUCCAUUCCCUGUGGACACGGGAGACAUCAGCUCCGCCUCCCAGAAGGACCAGGCUCCCCGGGAGCGUUACCUCGGGCCAUCCCAACACCGGGAGUGAGUGAAGACGGGGCUACUAUCUACUCUCAAAGCCAUAAUCAAAAUGCUCUGAGGGAACUGGGCAAGACGAGUGGGCCUGGCUAUUGUCCAUCGCGCAAGGUUUUUGUCUUGGACUGUUCAGAAAUCUGCCACCUUUUCUCCCCACCUUGUGUCUUGAAUGAAAUGCUCUUAAGGUUAUUUAUGGAAGAAGGGAUCCCCGGGCAGGCACGAGGGUGGGCUUGAUGGCUCCUUAGAGUUGUUGCUGAUCUUGACCUUCUCUUUGGCUACCUUGAGACAAAGAAUCUGCCAAUACUUGGGGCUCUGAGUUUUACAGUUGAUAUUUAUUUGUAUCAUCUCUUUGUCUAGGAAUGUAAAAGUGAUUCUAAACUAAGAUGUGUAAUAAAAGUCAAUCAGAUUUAUGGUACCUGCGAAAA